CUGCUUCGGCCCCCGCCCCCACCGUCCCCUCCCGGCCACCGCGUGAACAUGGAGCCCUGGGCUCUGCUGCCCUGCCUGGGUGCAGUGCUGACUGCGUGCUGUGGCUCUGGGGUGGACGUGGAGACGGUGACCACCUUCCACGGCGACACCGCGGGGGCUUUCGGCCAAACCGUCGUCCAGUUCGGUACCCCCGACGACGGCGGGGUCCUGGUGGGUGCCCCACUGCAACGCGGCGCCGUCAACGAAAUGGGGAUGAUCUACCGGUGCCGGCACCGCUCGGGGAAGUGCCAGAAGGUCCCCGUCACCGGACCCCCCAACACCGUCAACGCGUCCCUGGGGUUAACGUUGGCCGCCGGGAACGCCAGGGCGCUGGCAUGCGGCCCCACGGUGCCCCAAGCCUGCGGGGAGAACAUCCACCUCAACGGCUUCUGCGUCCUCCUGGACACCAACCUCCAGCAGCUCCAGCGCAUCCCAGAUGCCCAACCAGAGUGUCCCAAGAGCUCCUCAGAUAUCGUGUUCCUCAUCGACGGCUCGGGCAGCAUCCAAUCCCAGGAGUUCUCAACGAUGAAGACCUUCAUCGUGGAGGUGAUGAAGCGCUUCAAGGGCACCGACACGCAGUUUGCUCUCACCCAGUUCUCCGACAUCACCAUCAACCACUUUGACUUCAACGCCUUCCGGAGGUCCCACAACCCCGUCAGUCUGCUGACAAACGUGUGGCAGAUCAGGAGGACCACCCACACUGCCACCGCCAUCGGGAAAGUCCUGACGGAGGUGUUCGUCCCGGCCAAAGGGGCCCGACAAGAUGCCACCAAGAUCCUCAUCGUCAUCACGGAUGGGAGGAAGUACGGCGACACCAGGCAGUACUCGCAAGUCAUCCCGUUGGCCAACAGGAUGGGGGUCACCCGCUACGCCAUCGGGGUGGGCAGCGCCUUCGUGGACGCGGACGCCGUGCAGGAGCUCCACACCAUCGCCUCCGAACCCACCCAGGACCACGUCUUCCGGGUGGACAACUUCGACGCCCUGCAGGGCAUCCAGGACCAGCUGCAGGAGAAGAUCUUCGCCAUCGAGGGCACCCACUCCGCCCACAGCAGCUCCUUCCAGCUGGAGAUGGCCCAGGAGGGCUUCAGCGCCCUGCUCACCCCCGAGGGGCCCGUCCUGGGAGCGGUGGGCGCCUACGACUGGUCCGGAGGGGUCUUCGUCUACGGCGCCGGCGGGGAGACCGCCUUCGUCAACGCGUCCCGCGCCGCCGGGGACAUGAACGACGCCUACUUGGGCUACGCAGCCGAGCCCCUGUCCCUGGGGGGCAGCCGGGCGCUGGCGCUGGGGGCCCCCCGCUACCGCCACGUCGGCCGCCUCCUCCUCUUCCUCCUCCGUGGCCCCCGCCGCACCUGGGACCUCCUGGCCGACGCCCCGGGGCCGCAGGUGGGCUCCUACUUCGGGGCGUCCCUCUGCGCCCUGGACGCCGACGGGGACGGCGCGGCCGAGGUGCUGCUGGUGGGGGCCCCCAUGUUCUACGGCGCCGGCAGCGGGGGCCGCGUGGCCGUCUGCGCCCUCGGCACCAAGGGCGAGCGGCUGCGGUGCCAGGAGAUGCUGCGGGGACAACCCGGCCACCCCCUGGGGCGCUUUGGGGCCAGCCUGGCUCGCCUGGGGGACGUCGACGGGGACCGGUGGCCCGACGUGGCCGUGGGGGCCCCGCUGGAGGACGAAGAGCGGGGGGCCGUCUACGUCUUCCGCGGGACGCGGGGCGGCGUCGCCUCCCAGUACAGCCAGCGCAUCUCAGGCGCCCAGUUCUCCAGCGGGCCACGCUAUUUUGGCCAGGCCAUCAGCGGUGGCCAGGACCUGACGGGGGACAGGCUGCCGGACGUGGCCGUGGGCGCCCAGGGACAGGUCCUGCUGCUCAGGUCCCAGCCGCUGCUCAAGGUCCGGGUGACGGUGGCUUUCCAGCCCCAGGAGAUCCCCGCGGCCGCCUUUGACUGCCAGGAGGAGGAAGCGCCCAAGGGGGAAGUGGCCAAGGCAAAGAUUUGCUUCCUCACCACCAAGAAAACACCUGACAACUUUGGCGCCCAACUCUCCGUCACCCUGCGGUACCAGGCGGCCCUGGACCCCGGCCGGGCGAUGGUCCGCGCCGUCUUCUCCGGCGGCGCCGCCGUCCGCAAUGGGACCCUCCGCCUGGGCGUGGGAGAGCGGUGCGAGACCUUGGCCAUCGCCUUCACGGGGUGCCCCCGCGACACGCUGACCCCCCUGGCGCUGCGCCUCGCCUACGACGCCACCGGGGACCCCAUCGAGGUGGCCGGGGGCCUGCGGCCGGCCCUGAGCGAGGACUCGCAGACGGUGGCCACGGGCACGCUGCCCUUCGAGAAGGACUGCGGCACCGACAACGUCUGCGUCGACGACCUCCACGUCUCCUUCAACUUCUCGGGGCUGGAAACCGUCGUGGUGGGGGUGACCGACGUGGUGGACAUCACCGUCACCCUCCGCAACCGCGGGGAGGACUCGUACGGGACCACCGUCCAGCUGCAGCACGCCGAAGCCCUCUCCUACCGCAAGGCCGUGGUGCUCCAGUCCUCCAGGAGAUCCCCGUCCCUGCGCUGCAACUCGGAGCCGGCGGAGGGACGGCAUCGCAAGACCCUCUGCCUCGUCAACCACCCCAUCUUCCGCCCCGGCACAGAGGUCGUCUUCACCGUCACCCUGGACGUGCCCCACGGCGCGGAGCUGGGGCAGGCGUUGGAGGUGGUGGCCAACGCCACCAGCGACAACGGGGCGCCGGGCGGCCGGGCUGAGCGCGCCGAGAUCCCGGUGAAGUACGGCGUCUUCCUCGUCCUCACCAGCGCCCCCAACUCCACCAAGUACGUCAACGUCUCGACGCGCGCGGGGGCCCCCCCCAGCGCCCCCGUCACCCACCGCUACCAGGUGAAGGUGCUGGGCCAGCGCGGGGUCCCCGUCACCGUCACCUUCCUGGUGCCCACGGGCCUGGGGGGGGCCCGGCUCUGGGACCACCUGGGGGUCACCCCCGAGCAGGACUCGGGCUCGUGCCGGGCCGUGACCGAACACCCGGAGGGGCCCCACGGCGCGCGGGGGCUGCAGGAGCGCCCCCUGCUGGACUGCACCGUGGCCGCCUGCACGGAGCUGCAGUGCCGGGUCCCGGAGCUGGAGCCCCCCCGGGCGCUGGGGUUCAGCCUCGGGGGGAGCCUGGCCCUGGCCUGGAUGGCCCAGACCCAGCAGCCCAAGGUGCUCGUGCAGAGCUCGGCCCGGGUCAGCUUCGAUGUGGGGCGGUUCUGGAACAGCGGGGGGGACCCCCAGCUGCAGGUGCAGACGGAGCUGGAGCGCCUGGAGCCCCCCAACCCCCUGCCCCACAUCCUGGGGGGCACGGCGGGGGGGCUGCUCCUGCUGGGCCUGGCCGCGCUGCUGCUCUACAAGGUGGGCUUCUUCAAGCGCCGCUACAAGGAGCUGCUGGAGGGCGACGGGACCCCCCCGGCCCCCCCGGGCAACCCCCAGGGCUGAGGCGGCCCCGCACCCAUGGGUGCCCCCCCUCCCCCCCCCCCUCACUGUGGGGGUGUCACCCGCACCCAUGGGUGCCCCUUUGGGGUGUGUGUGGGGUCACAACCCCCCCCCCCUCCUUUUGCAGCCGCCAAUAAAGCCGCUCGGC